AUUCUUUUAGGUUACAAAAAUAAUACGGAGCUCUUUCGCCAAGCGGAAGUUUAUAUACAUUUGUGGCUAACAGUGUCGUUUGGAUUUGCGAAACAAACUGCAAUAUUGCGUUGCUGUAAUCAUAUCCAGUAAACUUUGACGCGUGAGAGAAACACGCAUGUCGCUGAGGCGUCCGGGCGUCGCGUGUGCGUGCGUCGGCGAAGCGGACGCAGAGAGGAGGAGCGACUUUUGAUAGGAGUCCGAGGAGAGACGGCUGGAAGCGACAAUGGAUAAGAUCGUGAGAUCGUUUCAUACCAGUCGGCCGGCGUUAUAUAGAACGUUAACGAACGAGCGAUGCGCGCAGAUGCCCAAUAAACUUGCUGUGAAGCGAGAUGUACCUGCGAUCAGUACGAUGUCAUUGGCGCGAGACUAUUCAACAGCUCUGCCUAGCAGCGUCAGGCACUUGCACAGCAACGAAAUCCCGGUUUAUAGACUGACCUCUAAACGGAAUCCCCUUAUACACGAGCAACAGAGACGCAGCAUGUUCGUCCAAACGCAGGAUACGCCGAAUCCGAACAGUCUAAAAUUUAUCCCGGGUGUACCGGUGCUGGGGGAGGGAUGCACGAAGGACUUUCCGAGCGCCAAGGACGCGUACUGCUCGCCACUUGCGAAAAUGUUGUUUCGCGUCGAGGGGGUGAAGGCGAUAUUCUUCGGGCCUGACUUCAUCACGGUCACGAAGCUCGACGAGGAUGUGGAGUGGAAGCUGCUGAAGCCGGAGAUAUUUGCCAUCGUCAUGGACUUCUUCGCGAGCGGAUUGCCAGUCAUGGACGAGAGCUCUCAGCCUGCGGCGGACACGCAAAUUAACGCGGAGGACGACGAGAUCGUGCAGAUGAUAAAGGAAUUAUUGGACACGCGAAUUCGUCCCACGGUCCAAGAGGAUGGUGGCGACAUUGUAUUUAUGGGUUUCGAGGAGGGUAUUGUGAAACUGAAGAUGCAGGGCUCGUGCACGAAUUGCCCGAGCUCGGUGGUAACAUUGAGGAACGGCGUGCAAAAUAUGAUGCAAUUCUACAUCCCCGAAGUGCUGGGGGUCAUACAAGUGGAGGACGAGACGGACAAGAUUGCAGAGAAGGAAUUCCAAAAGUUGGAACAAAAGAUUAGCAAAGACCAGAAUAAAGAUAAAUAGACGCGAUUAGUUUGAGACUUGCUGACGACAGCGGGCCUACGCGUAAUCUUAUAAUUCUGUACAUUGUAGACAUCGUAGAUUACGUAUCGUCUAAUUGUAAAUAACAAGUCAUAAAUACUGGUUGAGAAUUGA